AUGACAUCAGACCAAAAAAGUUAUUUGGUAAGCUACAAACCACAAAAGACUCUUUCUUUAUAGUUGUUUUACUGUGAUCCAUCCCAAACCAAAACAUUGUCUCUCUCUCAGGCUCUAAUCCCUCCAAAAACAGUAUAACCACAAAUAAAGGGAGAGAAUUUCUAACUCUAGCUCUCUCACACCCUUCGUUGUAUUACAAGAUUUCCAUUAUUCCCUCUGUUUUCUUCUGUUCUCUUGGAAAAAUGGCAGCAAAGUUGGGUUCUUUCAAGUACAAUUUCCAAGAGAAAAGAGAGAGGUUGCUCUCAACCCAGAAGGACUACUCCGAGCUGGGCUUCGUCCACAUCGAGGAACAAGAGCCAUAUGGAUCUCCUCGCUGCUGCACUUUUCGAUCAGUUUCCGAUAGAAUUAUGAGCUGGUGCCGGACUGUACAAAAUGUUUCUAACCGGGCAAUUCGGAUGGGUCAAUCCGAUCCGAGAAAGAUCGUAUUCGCGGCCAAGAUGGGUCUGGCCUUGAUGAUCAUUUCGUUGCUGAUUUUCCUCAAAGAGCCUUUCAAGCAGCUCAGUCGUUACUCGGUCUGGGCCAUCCUCACUGUUGUGGUAGUAUUUGAGUUUAGCAUAGGAGCGACUCUGAGCAAAGGAUUUAACCGUGGGUUAGGGACAUUUUCUGCUGGAGGCCUUGCUUUGGGUAUGGCGCACUUAUGUGGACUAGCUGGAGAGUGGGAAGAAGCUGUUAUUUUCGCUAGUAUCUUUAUCAUAGGAUUUCUUGCAACUUAUGCAAAGCUAUACCCAACAAUGAAGCCUUAUGAAUAUGGGUUUCGAGUGUUCUUGUUGACAUAUUGUUUCAUCAUGGUAUCUGGGUAUAGGACAAGGGAAUUUGUCCAUACGGCUGUGUCACGAUUCUUGCUUAUUGCACUGGGUGCUGGUGUUGGUUUGGGAGUAAAUAUAUGCAUUUUUCCCAUCUGGGCUGGUGAGGAUCUGCAUAAAUUGGUGGUAAAGAAUUUCAUGGGCGUCGCAAAGUCAUUGGAAGGUUGUGUUAAUGGUUACCUUAAUUGUGUUGAAUAUGAGAGAGUUCCUUCUAAGAUUCUUACCUACCAAGCUUCUGAUGACCCGCUUUACAGCGGUUACAGAUCUGCUGUGGAAUCUACCAGCCAAGAGGACACUCUGAUGGGAUUUGCUAUCUGGGAGCCACCUCAUGGUCGUUACAGAAUGCUUAAAUAUCCAUGGAAGAACUAUGUAAAAGUAGGUGGUGCACUAAGGCAUUGUGCAUUUACGGUCAUGGCAUUGCAUGGAUGUGUACUUUCUGAAAUACAGGUACUAAAAAUUUCCACCUCUAACCACAUUGUGAGGCAAUUAAUGACAAAGAUACUGUACGAAGGUGCUAAAGUGUUGCGUGAACUUGGGAACAAACUGAAAAAGAUGGAGAAACUAGGUUCUGUAGAUAUACUGAACGAAGUGCAUGAGGCUGCAGAGGAGUUACAAAAGAAAAUUGACCAGAAGUCAUACCUUCUUGUUAAUUCAGAAAGCUGGGAGAUUGGAAGUCGGCCAAAGGAGGUGGGAGAUCCUCAAGACUUAUUGAACUUGGAUGAUGACGAAAAUACGUUCCGGGAAUACAAAUCCCUUAGUGAAGCUGUGCUUGAUCUCAGAUCUUUUCCUGUGCCACAAAGUUGGGAUGGCCAAAUGCCUGCGAUGCCAACUGGCGUGAGCCCCAUACCCACUGAUGUCAACCGCUCCAACCCGCCCGUAGGUUUUUCCUCAGGAAGCAUGUUCAUGAAACAGGUUUCAUGGCCUGCAGGACUGAAAUUUGAGGUUAACGAACCUCCAGUAGCAGAAGAAUCCAAUACCUACGAAAAUGCUAGUCAAUUGUCGUUAGCCACAUUUACAUCCCUGUUGAUAGAAUUUGUUGCAAGGCUUCAAAAUCUUGUCGACUCAUUUGAAGAAUUAAGUGAGAAAGCACGUUUCAAGGAACCUGUCGAAUCACCAGAAGUAUUAGAGCCACCUCGCAGGUUUUGGACCAGAUUGCUCAACUGUCUGAAAUCCUAAAUCAACGUAUCUCGUACUAUUCUGCUUUAUUUAACCUGCUGUUAGUUCAGUUGUAGAAUACAAUGCCACUGAUUUCUGCUGCUGCUGCUGACAUUACUCACAAGAACAGUCUUGCUUUCAUAGUUGACAAAGAUGAGCAUAUAAUCGCGGAUAUGUCGAUACCUUUGGUUCCGCGUGCGGCCCGGGGGGGUUGGUGGUGGUUAGAUGAUUUGCAGGCUAUGAUUAGUAUUAUUACUCAGAGCAUUAAUGGGGAUAAUGAGAAUGGAUAUGAAACAAUAUGUUUCUGACUAACACUGCAUAUUGAUGUUGGCAUUUUUAGUUUUAGCUCCGUUAUAUAUUGUAAGAUAACUCUGGAGUUACACGCUUUAAUGACGAUUCUGUAGUUUAUUUUUC